CAUUUUUCAUGUAUUUCUAGCUCUACUGUUUUUCUACGAGAGUGAUUACUCUUAGAGACUGUAUGUAUUUCAGUUACACAUCGCUACACAUAAGACUAAACGAGGAUUCUUCAGUCAGCCUAAAGAAAUAGCCCAUUCAUCGCAGUAGUCUGCUGUUCGGUGUCAUCAAUACUGUUAGCUAAUGCUACAUAGCUAGCACGUUCGGUAAUUUGCGUCUUGUUGAUUGCUGAGGCGAGGUCUUUGCCAUGGCAAGUGCUACAAAUGCAAACAUGAAUGCAGUUCGGGAAACAAUGGACGUGCUGCUGGAGAUAUCGCGGCUCCUGAACACGGGCCUGGAUAUGGAGUCCUUGUCCAUCUGCGUGCGGCUCUGUGAGCAGGGCAUCAACCCAGAAGCUCUGUCAUCAGUCAUCAAGGAGCUCCGCAAAGCAUCCGAUAACCUCAAGGCCACAGAAAACAGCACUAACUGAGAGACGAUCAUCGUGAAUCACCUGAAAUUCCCUUUGCAGUUGACCUUCUCAUGACCUGAUCAAACGAAUGCCAUUGGCAAUUUUACUGUCCUCUGUACCUUCAUGUUGAAACCUGAAAGGCCCUUACCUUGUACAUAUGGGACAUUGUAUAUAUUUAAACUUUUCUAUUUGUAUUAAAUUUGCUUUGAUAAAAAAAAAACACUGUCUGUUUGUCUGUUUUCAAAUGCUUUUUAUUACAUUUUCAAUAAAGCCGUUUCAUAAAC